GACAAACCCCAUCUUAGACAGCUUUUAAUCUAAAAUCUAAAUUAAUCCAUAAAUUAUAUACUAUUAACCCCAUAUUUUUUAAUUACUAAUUUUUAAUUUCAAUCCUUUGUUGUUUCCUUGUUUUGUGUUGUCUUUUUGAUGCUGCCAUGGCCGGUCUUGAUUUAGGAACUGCUUCUCGCUAUGUCCAUCAGCUCCACAGACCCGACCUGCAUCUCCAGCACCAACCCGAACCCCAAGAUCAUGAAGCUUCCCAAAACCGUGUUGGUGGUGGUGCUCAGUAUGGCUCGGUCGAUCAUCACCAAGACGAUGAGUCGACUCACCAGGGCCUGGACUUGGUCAAUUCGGGUCCAGGGGGUGACCUUGUUUCUCGUAGGCCGAGGGGUCGUCCUCCGGGUUCCAAGAACAAGCCGAAGCCACCGGUUAUCAUAACAAGGGAGAGUGCCAACACGCUCCGAGCUCACAUUCUUGAGAUCGGGAACGGCUGCGAUGUGUUCGACUGUAUUUCCAACUACGCCAGAAGAAGGCAAAGGGGUAUCUGCAUAUUGAGUGGAACUGGUACGGUGACCAACGUGACCAUUAGGCAACCAUCGGCAGCUGGAGCUGUACUUACCCUCCACGGCAGAUUCGAAAUUCUAUCACUUUCCGGUUCUUUCCUGCCGCCGCCAGCUCCGCCAAGCGCCACCAGUUUGACAAUCUUCUUGGCGGGCGGGCAAGGUCAGGUCGUAGGAGGGAGUGUGGUUGGUGAACUGAUGACCGCGGGACCUGUUAUCGUCAUAGCUUCGUCGUUCACAAAUGUGGCCUACGAGAGACUACCUUUGGAAGAGGAUGACCACCUGCAGAUGCAAAGCGGCGGCAGCGGAAAUAACAUGUUUUCUGAUGCCGGAGCCGCCCCAGGUGGGUUGCCUUUCUUGAAUUUGCCCUUCAAUAUGCUGCCUAAUGUCCAGGUACCAGUUGAAGGAUGGCCUGGAAACUCAGGUGGUAACAGGCCUCCGUUUUGAGAGCUUUCCAACGGUGGAAACGGGGAGCCUUGGAUCAUUAAGGUCAGCAAAUUUCAUGGACUAGUUAUCAUCAUCAUCAUCAUCAUCUUCUUCUUCUUCUUACACUCG